AGACAAAAUGGCUUCCAGAUCAGAGGAGGAUCUCUGCUGUCCGGUCUGUCAGGAGGUCUUCAGAGAUCCUGUUGUUCUGUCAUGUAGCCACAGCUUCUGUAAAGUCUGUCUGAAGAGCUGGUGGAGAGAAAAACAAGCACCUGAGUGUCCAGUUUGUAAGAGAAGAUCUUCAAGGUCAGAACCACCUCGUAACCUGGUGUUAAAGAACCUGUGUGAGGCCUUCUUACAGGAGAGAGAUCAGAGAGCUUCAGAGGCUCUCUGCAGUCUGCACUCUGAGAAACUCAAACUCUUCUGUCUGGACCAUCUGCAGCCAGUGUGUCUCGUCUGCAGAGAUUCAGAAAAACACAGCAACCACAGAUUCAGACCCGUCGAUGAAGCUGCACGACAACACAAGAAGGAACUUCAGGAAACUCUGGAGCCCUUAAAGGAGAAGUUAAAGGUUUGUGAACAAGUUAAAGUGAAGUUUGAUCAAACAGCAGAACACAUGAAGGUCCAGGCCCGACACACAGAGAGGCAGAUUAAGGAGCAGUUUAAGAAGCUUCAGCAGUUUCUAGAGGAGGAAGAGGAGCAGGAGAGUCAGAUGAUGAAGGAGAAGAUGGAGGCUCUGAGCAGAGAGAUAGCAGCUCUUUCAGACACAGUCAGAGCCACAGAGGAGGAGCUGAGAGCUGAAGACGUCUCAUUCCUGCUCAACUACAAGGCUGCAGUGGAAAGAGUCCAGCAGCGCCUCCUGCUGGAUGAUCCACAGCUGCCCUCAGGAGCUCUGAUAGACCAGGCCAAACACCUGGGCAACCUGACCUUCAACAUCUGGAACAAGAUGAAGGACAUGGUCUCCUACACUCCUCUCAUUCUGGACCCAAACACUGCUCAUCCAGAACUCAUCCUGUCUGAAGAUCUGACCAGUGUGAGAGAAGGAGAGGAACAGCAGCUUCCUGACAAUCCAGAGAGGUUUGAUAAACUCUGGUCUGUUCUGGGCUCUGAGGGCUUUAACUCAGGGACUCACAGCUGGGAUGCCGAGGUUGGAGACAAUACAGGCUGGAUACUGGGUGUGUCAGCAGAGUCUGUUCAAAGAAAGGGAGACAACAUAGGGUCUGGAUUAUGGGGAAUAGGGUUCUUUGAAGGUAAAUACUUUGCAGGGUCACCACCAGCUCCACUCAAUGAUCUCAGAGUUCAGAAGAAGCCCCAGAGGAUCAGAGUGAAUCUGGACUGGAACAGAGGAAAGCUGUCGUUCUCUGAUCCUGAUACUAACACACACAUACACACCUUCACACACACUUUCACUGAGAGGAUGUUUCCAUUUAUUAACACUGGGGAUGAGUUGAAGCUGUCAGCAGUGAAGGUCUGUGUGACAGUGGAACAGAGCAGUUAGAGAUAAAGAGGAUGAUUAUAUUCAUGAUGUUGUUGAUUUCUUAAAGGGAAAAGUCUCUGAAUUUAACCUGUUAAGCUGCACCUGUCCUCCUGCUGUCUCAUUAUUCCAAACAUAUCAGUCCAAAGUUUGGAGACACCUCCCCAUUCACUGUUUCUCUUUAUUAUUAUUAUUUUCUACAUUGUAGAUUAAUACUGAAUACCUCAUGAAGCAGAGUGUGAGAAUGCAAAGUGUGCAAAGCUGUCAUUAAAGCAAAAAGUGGCCAUUUUUUUAAAAUGUAAAACAUAUUCUGGUUUGUUUAACUUUUUAUUUUUUUACUACAUAUUUCCAUGUGUGUUCUUUUAUAGUUUUUUAUGUUAUCUGCAUUGAUAUACAAUGUUUACAAUAAUAGAAAAAACAGAAACGCCAUGAAGUUGAAUGAGAACAUGCAGUAUAUAAGUUCUGUUCAUGUAGAAAGCUGCAGUUCCAAGUUGGAGUUAUUAUCAAAUUUUCAAGAACUGUGGACUGAAUAAGACACGUGCAUUUGGAUUCUGCUUAUUGAUCCUAACUUUUUUCAUAUUCCAGAUGAGCUGCAGUUAACAUUGUGAAGUGUGUUACAUGAUUUCUCACAUAUAUGGACGUUUCAU